CUCCGGGCAUCUCCAGCCAAGGCGACCCCAUCUGUUUCGCUCUCGCAGCCUUGCUUUCGCAUCCGCCAUAGCACUGCUGUCCAUGGCUUCCGCCGCCGCCGGUUCGAGCAUUGCCAUUGCAGGCCAAUCCAGUCCCGAUAUUCGCCCGAUCAGCGGCGGCCCCUUGGCAGACGAGCCCAUUUCGCAGCCAGAGGCAAGCCACGAUUCUCAAUUCCAACACCAACACCAGCGCCAGCAGCACCAAGGCUCGGCCCCGCUUCCGCACCUGCCAAGCAAGCGUGCGUCGACACACUCGAUUCUUUCGUCGCGAGACGGACAAAGCUCGGUGCCGCAUUCGCCGUCUGCGUCGCGCAGAGGCUCCAUCCCGGGCGACUCUCUCUCGAACAGCUCGUCUCCGGCGGUAUUGGAUUCGCCUCGACGACAGCCCACGCUCACCCCGUCCCUGGUGGUCAAGUCUCCGUCCGAAAAUAAGUACCUGUCGCACCCCCAAUUCCAGAGCCUCAAGGAAUUCUCAUCCAAGACCCGAUUCAGCCACGACAACCUGGUGCUUUGGCAGAAGCUCCUGUCAGAAAAGCUCCCCGCUCCACUGAACAGUCAGGAAGCGUUUGACUUGGAUAUGGCAUCUCGUGCGGUCGGCGAGGCCCUGUUGAACAACAAUGCCUCAACCGCCAACUUCAACGUUCUACUCUUGCACUUGCUGAGCCAACUACGUUUCAUGAGGAAUAUAGCCUACGACGGGCUCUGGAGUCCCGAAGCCUACAAUGCCAUGUUUUUGGUCCGGGUGUGCACAAAGUACUUUACGGAGAAUCUGACGCGAGCGCAGCUGCACGAGCAAUUUGAGAUGAACCGAGUGACGGCCGAGUCGCCGAAGGAGUCUGUCUCGCCAUCAACGCCAACGCAGCGUCUCAGCAUCGACCAGCGGGUCACCAUGGACAAAAGGCUGCGCGCCGAACAGCUGCUGGAGGAGCUCUUCCAUGUCAUCAUCUACGCAGAUACAAAGCAGCAACAAAACUACGAGUUCUACAUCGAGGCCCUGAAUCUGCUGAUCGUGCUAUUCUCGACGCAGAUGAAGGGCUCCAGCGUCGAGGCCGGCAACGACAACUAUUUUUUGGAUAUCCUCAUGAACCACCUCAGCCACUUUGCGAAAGGGAGUUUGGUCCGCCUGAUAUCGAACUUUGAGGAGCAGCAGCCGCCUCCGAAUCCGUCCGUCGGCGUACUCUACAGUGCCUACUCGUACCUGUUUAUCCCAAAAAAGCUCGAUAGCACCCGAUCCUCGCCGCUGUCCGACAAGAGUGUCCUGUUGAUCCUGUUGCUAGCCAACCAGCAUCCUCGACAUAUACCCAACGAAUUCCGCCUGGCGGUCGCCUGCCUCGAGGACAUGCCAGUCGGCGCCUCUCGUGGCCCGGCGCUUUCAUCAGACAUAGAUCCGGACAAUCUGAGCGUGCCUUACAGCCAAAUCUACCAAACCAUCUGCUCGACCUUAUCGACGGAGGAGACAACGCUGCUCUUGUAUCUGCUAAUGCUCCAGAACAAAUCGUUCAAGACCUACGCACUUUCUCGAACCGAUCCGGAGAGUCUGCUGAUACCCCUCCUCAAGCAAGUGUACGAGUCAGUUGAAAACAAGGCCAAUUACUCGCACAUGUAUAUACUCUUGAUCAUCCUCCUGUUGAUAUCGCAAGACGAAGAGUACACCGCCAACCUCCAUAAGACCAUGAUACCGGUACAAGGCUGGUACACCGAGCGGAUCUUGAAGCAAACGUCGCUGGGCGGCUAUGUGAUCCUGGUGCUGAUCCGGACAAUCCAGCUGAACCUAUCGCAUCACAAGGAUGUCUAUUUUCACACCAACUGUCUUGCCAUUCUCGCAAACAUGUCGAACCGCAUGAGCUACCUCAACGCAACGGUGGCGCAACGAGUCAUCAGUCUCUUUGAUUUGGUUGCCAAACGGUAUCUCAAGAUAUAUUCAAAAUUUUCGGCUGUGAUGACGAUUGACGAGAUCGAGAACUGCGGUGACAAUGAUUUCGUGGUGUAUGGGGAUCUGGUGGCGCUGCUGCUCGAGAUCAUCAACUCGGUCAUGACCCACACGCUCAAGCAGAAUCCGCAUCUGGUCUAUUCGAUCCUGCACCGCCGAGAGAUGUUUGCCAAGUUUCGGAUGCAUUCCAGAUUCGUAGAUCUGAUCGAGAACAUUGACUGCGUCAUUGGGUACUUUCUCAACAAAGUCACCGAGUCCGAGAUCAAGAUGCCGUCAGUGGACGAGGUGCUAGAGGUCAUCGACAUUGCCUCCAAGACAUGGAUGCCGACGAAGCUCAGGAUCUUUGCCGAGCUCAAGUUCCAAUACGAGGAGGAGAAGGAGUUUGCGCUAUUUUUCCUGCCAUACAUCUGGAGCCUUGUAUUCAAGCACUCACUGAUUCACUGGGACAUUGAGAAAACAAAGCUGGUUCAGGAAUUGGGCGCAUGUGUUCCGAUCCACGACUUUUCCACUCCAUUUUGACAACUCUACGGCCAGAGACAUUGUCCAUCGAGGACGACCCCGCUGCAAGCAAACUUCUCGGAAAGGCAUGGCAAACACAAAGCCCCAACAAUAUAUUCCUUAUAGACGUCCAGUC